UAGUGCUGUGCAGCGCUCUGUCCGCAGCAGUCAUAGAAAGCCUGUCACUUGCUCAAUUACAAGUAUUUAUCCCAAGACGACAGUACAAAAAUACAAUUUUAUUUGGGAUAAAGGCGUAUUUCUGUAGACAUGAGGUGGUCUGGCUCUCCUGUCAUGCAGACGCUGUGGCCCUGAUCCCCGUUUUGAGACACGCCCCCGGCCCAAGCUAGGAUGUCCAGCUCAGGGUACCCGCCCAGCCAGGGGGCCUUCAGCAGCGAACAGGGCCGCUAUCCACCCCACUCUGUCCAGCACUCUUUCAGCUCUGCACGCCACCAACAGGACUUUGCGGUUCCCGACUACCGCGGCCACCUACAGGAUGUGACCUCGACGUCCCAGAUCCUCCAGCAGCAGCAGCAGCGCCGCAGGCCCUCCCUGCUCUCCGAGUUCCACCCGGGGCCCGAGAGGCCUCCUGAGAGGAGACAUGGCUACGAGCAGCAGUUCCACGGCGUCUCCUCCCAGUCCGAGCACGAGGCCCUGGAGUCCAAGCGGCCGCGCGUGGAGGGCGUCUCCGAGGCCCACUUCCCCCGCUCGCAGUCGGGCGGGAUCGUCCUGCCCCUCCCCCACUCCCUACAGGACGGCCUGAGGACCGCUGGAGAGGCCAAGAAGGACGGCCAGUUCAGUGUGAAGGCGGAGGCGGCUUCGCCCGCCGCCCAGCACGCGGGCGACGACCAGGACGCCUCGCCCUCCAAGCUGUCCAAAGAGGAGCUGAUCCAGAGCAUGGACCGCGUGGACCGCGAGAUCGCCAAGGUGGAGCAGCAGAUCUUCAAACUCAAGAAGAAGCAGCAACAACUGGAAGAGGAAGCGGCGAAGCCGGUGGAGCCGGAAAGGCCGGUGUCCCCGCCCCCGGUGGAGCACAAGCACCGCAGCAUCGUGCAGAUCAUCUACGACGAGAACCGGAAAAAGGCAGAGGAAGCCCAUAAGAUAUUUGAAGGGCUUGGUCCCAAGGUGGAGCUGCCACUUUAUAAUCAACCGUCGGAUACAAAGGUUUACCAUGAAAACAUUAAAACUAACCAAGUGAUGAGAAAGAAGCUUAUUCUUUUCUUCAAGAGGAGAAAUCAUGCUCGCAAGCAAAGGGAGCAGAAGAUCUGCCAGCGCUACGACCAGCUGAUGGAGGCCUGGGAGAAGAAGGUGGAGCGCAUGGAGAACAACCCGCGGCGCAAGGCCAAGGAGACGCGCACGCGCGAGUACUACGAGCGCCAGUUCCCCGAGAUCCGCAAGCAGCGCGAGCAGCAGGAGCGCUUCCAGAGUCUUUCUUUCUUUCCAAGGGUUGGCCAGCGGGGCACUGGCCUCUCUGCGACUAUAGCACGAAGCGAGCACGAGAUUUCCGAGAUCAUCGACGGCCUCUCCGAACAAGAGAACAAUGAGAAGCAGAUGCGUCAGCUGUCCGUCAUUCCGCCCAUGAUGUACGACUCAGAGCAGCGGCGGGUCAAGUUCAUCAACAUGAACGGGCUGAUGGACGACCCCAUGAAGGUCUACAAGGCUCGGCAGUUCAUGAACGUUUGGACAGAGCACGAGAAGGAGAUCUUCAAGGAGAAGUUUGUACAGCAUCCAAAGAACUUUGGCCUCAUCGCUUCCUAUUUGGAAAGGAAGUGCGUCUCGGACUGCGUCCUGUAUUACUACCUGACGAAGAAGAACCAGAACUACAAGACCCUGGUGAGACGCUACGGCAGACGGCGAGGGAGAAACCAGCAACAGCUAACGCGUCCUUCACAAGAAGAGAAAACCGAAGACAAGGCCGAGGAGGAGAAGUUGGAGAAAGCGGAGAAAAAAGAGGACGAGGAGAAGAGGGAAGAGGAGGAGAAAGAUGAAAGAGAGGAAUCCAAGGACAUCGGCAAAGACAAGGAAAAGUGCGACGGCGGGGAGGACGAGGACGGGAAGGAGCAGAGCACGCCGCGCGGGCGGAAGACCGCCAACAGCCAGGGCCGGCGCAAGGGCCGGAUCACCACCCGCUCCAUGGCCAACGAGGCGGCCACCGUGGCGCCCGAGGAGCCGCCGCCACCCGCGCCCGAGCCAGCGCUGCCCGAGCCCGCCCAGCCGCCCAAGCUGGAGCUGGCCCAGAAGCCCGCGCGGGACCCCGCCAAGGCCGCUCCAGUAGCCAUGGACGUCCAGGGGAACAGAGGAGCUGUAGAGGCUGGGGAGACUUCUCGCUGGACCGAGGAAGAAAUGGAGGUGGCCAAAAAAGGCCUGGUAGAGCAUGGGCGCAACUGGUCGGCCAUCGCCAAGAUGGUGGGAACCAAGAGCGAGGCGCAGUGCAAGAACUUCUACUUCAACUACAAGAGACGGCACAACCUGGACAACCUGCUCCAGCAGCACAAACAGGACUCCCGGAGGUCCCGGGCCGACCGAGACGUGUCACAGAGCGAGAGCGUGACUUCCGCCACCUCGGCCGCUGAUGAUGAGGAUAACGAGGGCUCCAACGAGGAAGAGAACCCAGAGGAUAGCGAAGGAGCGGAGAACAGCUCGGACACGGAGAGCGCCCCCUCCCCCUCCCAGGGCGACGGCAAGGCGGGCGAGCAGCGGGCCGACGGGCCCAACGGCGCCCCCCGCGGGGACGGCUCGCCGGAGCGGGACGGCGGGCACACGGGCCGGGACUUCGGCGGCGGCGGCGCCAAGGCCCACGAGGCGCUGUACGGCGAGCUGCGGGUGAAGCUGGAGAAGAGCCCGGAGGGCGCGGAGGCCCCGCCCCCCGAGGAGAGGCCCCGCCCCCUCUACGAGGCCCAGGUGCAGACCAAGAGCGAGCCCAUGGACCUGGACGUGAGGGCGCUGGGCGACGUGAAGGUGAAGCUGGAGCCCGACGCCAAGGAGAAGGGCGACAGGGGCGAGGCGGGCGCGGGCCUGCCCCAGAGAGGGCUGCACCGGGACGCCCACUCCGACAACGACUCCAGUGCCACCUGCAGCGCGGACGAGGACGUGGACAUGGAGCCUGACAGACCGAGGAUGUUUUCUCCAGACAAGCUGUCCCUGCUGAACCCCCCCGGCUCGGUGCUGGUCUCCUCGGCCAAGCAGGGCCCCAUGAACGUCCAUCAGCUCCAGAAGCGCGCAGCCACCAUACCCCCCAUGGUUUCGGGUCCGUUCGGGCCCGGCGGGAUGCCCCUGGGCGCCCCGCUCAGCGGCUACGCCAUGUACCAGCACCAGAUCAAGGCCGUGCACGAGUCCGCCCACCAGGAGGAGAAGCAGCGGCUGGACCAGGCCGACCCCGACCGCCGGCCGUCGGGGUACCCCCGCUACGCCACGCGGAGCCCCACCAUCCUGGACAGGGAGGGGAAGCCCUUCGCCUACAUGCCUUACGACAUGAAGCUGGCGAUGGAGUCGGAGGCGCAGGCGCAGGCGUUCGCCGGCUCGGGCCGCUCGGCCUCCCCGUCCCCGUACCGCCUCUCGCCCCGGGACCCCAGCAAGACGUCCCCGCAGCCGGACGGCGGCGGCGCCUCGCGGUACAGCGUGCCUCCAGGUAACGUUCACUACCUUCGGCACAGACUCCCCCUCCCCCACGAGGUCCGAGCAACAGAGUCCUUCCGCCAUCUCACAGUCCUCCAGCCGGCACCCAAUCAGAACCUGGCCGACGGGGUCCGCGUGACCUUCUCCCGGCACAGCAGGCCCCCCAACAUUCCAUCCCCGCCCCCGCUCAUUCCGACCUCCAAGCCCUCCGACAAGCCGUCCUUCAUACAGGGCGGGUCCAUUUCCCAGGGAACUCCUGGCACGUACCUGCCCUCCCACAGCCAAGCGGCUUACGGGCCGGAGGGAGCGAAGAGUUCCGUGGGCUCCAUAUCCAUGGGCCUGCCAAGGCAGCAAGACCCCGUCAAGCCAGCGUCCUACAUCAAGCAGGAGGAGUGCUCGCCGCGCGGCGCCAUCUCCCAGGCCGAGGGGCUGCUCUCCAGGACGCAGUACGAGGGCGUGGUCAGAGGAAACCCCAUGACUGCCAUGCAGGAGGGGAGCAUAACGCGCGGGACUCCCGCUAAGAUGUCCGCCGACGGCCCGUCGUUCCGGGGCGGCUCCAUCACUCAGGGGACGCCGGCCCUGCCCCAGUCCAGCAUCGCGGCGGACCUGCUGAAGGGCACCAUCACCAAACUGGCCACCGAGGAGCUGAGCAGCCCCGAGAAGGGCCGGGGGGAGGGCCCCGCCAAGGGACACGUCAUCUAUGAGGGCAAGAGCGGGCACAUCCUGUCAUACGACUCCAUCAAGAACCCCCGGGAGGCCACGCGGAGCCCGAGGACGGGCCAGGAGCUGAAGCGCUCCUACGAGAUGAUGGAGGGGCCCAUGGCCCGGGGCCCCCCUGUCAGAGAGUCCCCGCAUUACGAAGGCCUGAUAAGCCGCGCCCUGCCCAGAGACAGCCCCCACGCGGAGGCCAAGGAGAGGACGGUGCUCGCCGGCUCCAUCAUGCAGGGCACGCCCAGGACGGCGGCGGACGCGUUCGAGGACGGCCACAAGUACGGCAAGCAGAUCAAGAGGGAGAGCCCCCCGGUCCACUCCUUCGACGGCGGCAUCACCAAGGGCAAGCCCUACGAGGGCGUCAACACCAUCAAGGAGAUGGGCCGCUCCAUCCACGAGAUCCCCCGCCAGGACCUGCAGGGCCAGGACAGCCGCAAGACCCCCGACAUGGCGCCCAACAGCCGCGCCAUCCUGGAGGGCUCCAUAUCCCAGGGCACGCCUCUCAAGUACGAGAGCAGCGGCGUGAGCCAGUCGGCCAUCAAGCACAACGUGAAGUCCCUGAUCACCAGCCCCGCCAAGAUGGCGCACGGCAUGCCCCAGCUGGAGGCCAUGGAGAGGGCCAAGUACGAGGAGGGCGCCAAGGGCAUGCGCCACGCCUCCGUGGUCAACGCGGGCACCUCCGUCCUGCGCUCCACGCACCUGGAGGCCGCGGGCAAGUCGCAGCCCAGCCCCGGCCUCUACGAGGACGCCAACGCCCGCCGGACGCCCGUCAACUACAGCACCGGCUCCAUGUCCCGCGGGUCGCCCAUGCUGGGCCGGGCUCAAGAAGGGAGCAUGACCUCUGGCAAGCCGGCCAGUCAUGAGAGGAAGAGCACGCUGACCCCCACCCAGCGGGACAGCAUCCCGGCCAAGUCCCCCGUGUCCGGAGGAGACCCCCUGUCCUCCCACAGCCCCUACGACCCGCACCACCGGCCCGUCGUCCCGGGAGAGGUGUUCCGAGCCCACUUGCCCCCCCACCUGGACCCCGCCAUCGCCUUCCACCGCCCCCUCGACCCAGCUGCUUACCUCUUCCAGAGGCAGCCGUCCCCCCAGGGCUACCACAACACCUACCAGCUGUACACCAUGGAGAACACCAGGCAGACUAUCCUCAACGACUACAUCACCUCCCAGCAGAUGCAGGCCAUCCCGCGGCCUGACGUCGCCAGGGGGCUGUCGCCGCGGGAACAGCAGAUCGCCAUCCCCUACCCGCCCGGCGUGCAAGGGAUUAUUGAUCUAGCCCAGAUGCCUCCCGCUAUCCUGUUGCCUCACCCUGGGGGGACAGGUACCCCCCCUAUGGACCGCAUCACCUACAUCCCCGGAGCUCAGCCCCCUUUCCCUCCUAGGGCUUUCAACCCAGCUUCCAUAUCUCCAGGCCACCCCAGCCACCUCGCGGCGGCCAGCGCGGAGAGGGAGCGGGAGCGGGAGAGGGAGAGAGAGAGGGAGCGCGACAGGGAGCGGGAGAAGGACAGAGAGAAGGAACGAGAGCGGGAGCAGAGGGAGAGGGAGCGGGAGAGGGAGCAGAGAGAGAGGGAGAGGAUGGCGGCAGCCAGUGAGUACAUGCGUGGAGGCACGGAGCAGCCGGGCAGGCCUAGUAGCCAUGGUUACAUGCGCUCGCCCUCCCCCUCCGUGAGGUCACAGGAGAGCGUGGUGCAGCAGAGGCCGAGCAUAUUCCAGGGCACCAACAGCAAGAGCGUCAUCACCCCGCUAAUGCAAAUGCCCCCGGUGUCGGCGGCGCAGGCGGGCGCCCGGUACAGCACGGCGGCCGACGCCCUGGCGGCCCUGGUGGACGUGGCGACGGCGGCGCCCCAGAUGGACGUGGCCAAGGCCAAGGAGGCGAAGCAGGAGGCCCUGCGGGCGGAGGAGCGGCGGGCGGAGCACCUGCAGCACCUCCAGCAGCAGGAGGCGGAGCGCGAGAGGGAGAGGGAGCGGGAGCGGCUCGCCAUGCAGUCGCCCUACGCCGCCAUGUCCCUGCCCGGCGGCAAGCCCCACCCGGCCUACGGAGAGGCGGGCAAGGACAAGGGCCCGCCCACCAAGUCCCGCAUCGAGCAGGAGCUGCGCGCCCACGGCAAGACCACCAUCACCGCCGCCAACUUCAUCGACGUCAUCAUCACCCGCCAGAUCGCCUCCGACAAGGAGUCCCGCGAGAGGGGCUCCCAGAGCUCGGACUCCUCCAGCAGCUUGUCCUCCAGCCGCUACGAGGCCCCGGGCAGCGGUGCCAUCGAGGUGAUCAGCCCCGCCGGCUCCCCCGCCCAGGACAAGCAGGAGGGGGGGCCCUUCCCUCCGGAGAAGUCCUCCCAGGCUGCAGGCGGCGCACGCGCGUACGAGAUGAGCCGCUACCGCCAGCAGGCCGAGCCGCCCUGCCCCCAGCAGCCCCCCACCUCCCAGGCCGAGGCGUACGGCCAGGUCCCCAAGACGCACCGCGUCAUGACCCUGGCAGACCACAUUUCGCACAUCAUCACCCAGGACUUUGCCAGGAACCAGGACGGCCCCCAGGCGCCGCCCGCCACCUCCUCCUCCCCCGGAACAUUCCAGAGCUCGGCCCCCGCGGCCCUGAGCGCCGGGCCCGGGCGCGCCAAGCUGCCCAGCCGCUACAGCCCCGAGUCGCAGGGGCAGCCGCCGCAGGCCCAGGCCCCGCACCACCCCCGACCGUCCAGCAGGGUGUCGCCCGAAAACGCCUCCGACAAGCCCCGAGCGAGGCCCGGCAAGUCCCCGGAGCGCGGCGGGGCCCUGGAGAGCUACGAGCCCAUCUCCCCCCCGCAGAGCUACCCCGGCUUCGACAAGCAGGAGGCCAUGCUGCAGCAGGCUCAGAGACGGGAGGCCGAGCACGCGGAGCAGAGGAACGACUCCCGCUCCCCGGGGAGCGUGAGCUACCAGCCCUCCUUCUUUACUAGACUGGAGAACACCUCCCCAAUGGUGAAAUCCAAGAAGCAGGAGAUAUUUCGUAAGUUGAACUCCUCUGGUGGCGGUGACUCGGACGUGGCAAGUGCACAGCCUGGCACUGAAAUAUUUAACUUGCCUGCAGUAACUAGCUCAAGUAGCAUCAGCUCCAGGAAUCCCUCCUUCGGGGAUCCAGCCAGUAACCUGGGCCUGGAGGACAUCAUUCGCAAAGCGCUGAUGGGCAACUUUGAGGACAAGCAUGACGAUCACCAGGGAAGCGGCUCCCAGCCCAAUAGCAUGGAGCGGCAAGAGGCUAGCCCCUCCCCCAACACAGGCAUGUCAGCCGGCAAGCAGAAGCUGUUGGGCAAAGCCAACAGCCGGAAGUCCAAGUCCCCGAACCCGGGGCAGGGGUACGCCGGGGGAGAGCGCCCGUCGUCCGUGUCGUCCGUGCACUCGGAGGGAGACUACCACCGCCAGGCCCCGGCCUGGACCUGGGAGGACCGGCCGUCUUCCACCGGCUCCAUGCAGUUCCCCUACAACCCGCUGACCAUGCGCAUGCUGAGCAGCACGCCGCCCUCCUCCAUGCCCUGCGCCUCGCCCUCCCUGCAGGCCCAGCAGGGCGGCGCCGUUCCCCAGGCCCGCGUGUGGGAGCGCGAGCCCCUGCUGUCCGAGCAGUACGAGACCCUGUCGGACAGCGACGACUGAGCCACCUCGGCCCGGGGGGGGAGGAGGAGGCGCCUCGGCCCCCGGGUCCCGCCCCUAGCCCCGCCCCCCACCUCCCCGCCACCCUCACCCUGACUGUGACAUCGCUGCGCAGGCCCAAUGGCGGCCUGGCGGCGGCAGCUGAGGCCGGCCGGGAGGACGGACGGACAGACAGACGCGGAGGCGGGAGCCGGGGAGGAGCCGUGCGAUUGGCUGAACCUUCAGGACUCCAGGAGUCUCGCGUCGCGAAGCUUCGGCGUGCAGUCCGUCUGUCACGAAAGGAAGAAGAAGAAAAAACAUUUAAAAAACUAAAAAGAAAAGCCAGCAAUUUAGACUUGUUUUAAAAAAAUUAACAAAAAUACAAAAAAUAAAAAGACAGCAAGAGAAAUGAAGAUGAAGAACUUCUAAUGUUUAAAAAAAAAAAAAAAAAAAAAAAAAAAAACUUUGAGAGACUUAUUUCUUCAAUUUUGUUAAAUUUUUUUCUUUGUAAAAAAAAAAAAAAAACACUUUGUCCUUAAAUCGUAUGUAAAUAGAGAAACUUUUCUUUUGCGGUGUUUGUUUUUCGUUCUUUUACUUGACCCUUUUUGUUUUUAUGUUGCUUUUAAAAAAUUUGGUGGUUUCGUUUUUUGUCUAUUUUGCGAGGAGGUGUGUGUUUAGCCACCGAUGCAGCCGCAGGGUGCAGGACCUGCGCGAGCCGCACUGAGACGCAGUGAAGUCACCCGCCGCGUGCGCCGUCGCCGCGGAAACGGGCGCGGGGAAGCCCCCCACCAGCGCACAGCACCCCCCGCCCCCCAGGAGCGUUGUGGGUUAUCGCCGAAUUGAAAAUUUAGUACUUAAAAGAAGACACGCUUUACAUUUCGACCGUUGUAAAUUUGACACGAGUCCUUGGCAGCACUGUGGAAGUAACGCAUGGGUUAUUCUGCUUUUUCUUUCAUUCGGGAAAAAAACAAAAAUCAUUUUAUCGAUUCCUCUCCUCCCCCUAGCAAACAUUUUCUGUUCCUUCUUUUCUCUGGGGUGUGCCUGUAUGUUCUGAACACUGGUGUUGAAGUUUCUUUUUGUUGAAGGUGAAAGAAUAAGCUCAACGUGUAUUUUAAUUUAUUGUCAUUUGUUUUUCGCUGUUAUUGAGCCCCAAGCUGAUCUAGUAACGAAGCUUUUUUUUUUUUUUUUUUUUUUUUUUUUUUUGAGCUGAUGCAGAAUGUUCAAUUUUCUCUUUUUUUUGAGAUGUGGAGCCGGGGAAAAGAAAACAUGUUUGUAACCCUUUCCUGCUAAGAACAGUCACCGCGCCAGUUGGCUGGAGGAAGGCAGCUUACAGUUUCCCCCUCUGAAAUAUUCAUCGGUGUUUUCUCAUGUCUUUGAUAUUGUUCUGGCAGAUGUCUGAAUUCAGUGUGUUUGACUUUCCAAAAAAAAACAAAAAAAAAAAGAUACAAAACCAACCAAACAAGAAACUGCACCGUUGUUGCACUUUUUGCAUUGUAACUUUUAACAGAAUAUAAAGAAAAAUCAUACUACCUGUUUUAUAAAUGAUCUGAGCUCAUGCAAAUCGCAGAUUUUUCGAUCGACAUUCAUAAUUCUGAGAAAUCUGCUUGUAUGGCAUUUCAGCUUGUUACUGGUUCCUAAUAUACUGUUGUAACAAUCUGCAGUUUUAACUUUGCAUAUGGUACAGUCAAGUGUAGUGCAGAUUCUGCUUUGCUGUAGUGGCUGUUAAAUGCACUUCCAUGACCUUUUUGUCUCCCCACGAUUAAACCUAAGCUGAGUGCUUCGUUGUCACCAGAAUUGUACAUUCACAUUGCAUUUGUAACAAGGUCAACAAUGUUAGCGUUACGUCUGAGGAUAUGUAAAGCAUAGAUUAAUUUGUAUUAUUUGUUUGUUUUUUUGUUUUUUUGGCCUUGCUUUGUGCAGUAACAAAGGAGUCUACUCUGAACUUGGUAAUUGUUUUCAAUUUUUGGUGAUUUUUAAAACUCCCAGAGCCAAGCCAAUGUUUCGAUUUAUUUUUUCCAUUUUCAAGAUCAAUGUUUUUUUUUCCUUUUUUUUUUUUUUGAUGGGAUGUCGAGUGUUUACAACUAUAACGACAGAAAAAAGUUUACAAAACUUGAAUCUUAAACAGAAAUUGAUACGGAAAUUGUCCGUGCAUCGAUCCAGCUCUUCAUCUGUCCAAUUUUUGCAGUGAUAACUUUUCUGUCUGUUUAAAAUUCAAGACUUGAAACCCCAUGUAUCUCAUGUUGAAAUGCAAUGUUUGUAUCGCACAAUGUCUCUUAAGUAGUCAAUUACAAAAGUUCAGACCAAUCAAUAAAGUGGAUUAGUUCUCCACCUCUCGAAAUGUCAGGUCCAUUUCUUUUCCUUCCACAUAUUUCAUUUU